CGCACGGUGACUCUGCAACCCUUUCGGUUUAGGACGCUCCGGCCGGCUGUAGCGCGCGCGCAGGGGGCUACCCGGCUCCAAAAGCAGCAGCAGUAGCGGCUCGGCAGCGAUUACGCCUUGCGGGUGGAAGGAGAGCCCCUUGGGCCGCUGACGAGACGCCGUUCGACUCCGAGCCUCAUAGCAUCACAGUACCCCGGGGUGCUGAGCUACCCGCGCCGGGCACCCACCAACAUGACGCUCAAAUCCAGCCGGAGUGACAGCGUGAGCAGCAUGAGGACCGCGCUCUCCGACCUGUACCUGGAACACCUUUUGCAGAACAGGCCUAAGGCCGAGGCAGUUCCAUCCUCAAUGAAUGCAGUUUCCGAGGAUAUUUACUCCAAUGGCUCAGCCACGCUGGGCAGCCCAGCCCACACAAAUGGCCGGGAGAUACGGAAAAUGAGGUUCAUCCAGUUUGAAAAGGUCGCAGAGGAGCCCAUGGGUAUCACGCUGAAGCUGAAUGAGAAGAAGAGCUGUAUGGUGGCCAGAAUCCUCCAUGGAGGCAUGAUCCACAGGCAAGGCUCCCUUCAUGUGGGGGAUGAGAUCCUAGAAAUCAAUGGGAAGAGUGUCGCCAACCAAUCUGUAGACCAGCUGCAGAAGAUACUGAAAGAAACUAAGGGAACCAUUUCCCUAAAGGUCAUUCCCAACCAGCAAAGCCGCAUUCCUGCCCUCCAGAUGUUCAUGAAAGCCCAGUUUGACUAUGACCCCCGGAAGGACAGCCUGAUUCCUUGCAAAGAAGCUGGGCUGAAGUUCCAAACAGGAGACAUCAUUGAGAUCAUCAACAAGGAUGAUAGCAAUUGGUGGCAGGGCCGCGUGGAGGGUUCUUCCAAUGGAUCCGCAGGACUCAUCCCUUCCCUGGAGCUACAGGAAUGGCGCGUUGCAAGCAUGCCCCAGGGCAACCCCAGCGAAGCCCAAAGCUGUAGCCCUUUUGGAAAGAAGAAGAAAUGCAAAGACAAGUACCUGGCAAAGCACAGCUCAAUUUUUGAUCAGUUGGAUGUGGUGUCCUAUGAGGAGGUGGUGAGACUGCCAGCUUUCAAGCGGAAGACCCUGGUGCUUAUAGGGGCCAGCGGAGUUGGCCGAAGCCACAUUAAGAACACCCUGCUCAGCAAGAACCCGGAGAAGUUUGGAUACCCCAUUCCAUACACCACCCGUCCUCAGAAGAAGAACGAGGUGGAUGGGAAAGACUACCACUUUGUCACCACGGAGGAGAUGACAAAAGACAUCUCCGCCAACGAGUUCUUGGAGUUUGGGAGUUACCAGGGCAACAUGUUCGGCACCAAAUUUGAGACUGUGCACAAGAUUCACGAGCAGGACAAAAUUGCUAUUCUGGACAUUGAGCCACAGACACUGAAGAUCAUCCACACAGCUGAGUUCUCUCCUUUCAUUGUGUUCAUCGCUCCCACGGACAAGGCAGAUCAGUCAGAUACUUUGCUGCAGCUUCAGAAAGAUUCAGAGGCCAUCCGGAGCAGAUAUGCUCACUACUUCGACCUGUCGCUGGUGAACAAUGGUGUUGAAGAGAGCCUUGAGCAACUCCAGGAGGCCUUUGAGCGCGCUUGCAACUCUCCCCAGUGGGUUCCUGUGUCUUGGGUGUACUGAGCUGGUAGCUCCCAAAUCCCCUCUGCCAGCCCUCAUUACAGCAACCUGAGGACAAAGAGGGUCACCCAUUUGCCUGCUCUGUGCUUUGUCCAAUGCACAACCCCCUCGUCCUGUCCCCAUUCCUCAGGGCAGCUGUUGCUCUGUUACUGCCGGGGCAAGAGCCCCAUCCUUCCAGCUGCAAACACCCUCAGAAGAGUAUGUGCAUGGCUUGUGCUUAGCACAGGGUAGCCUACACAUAUGAAUGUUGGCACAUAAGGAGGAAAACCCCUAUCCAAAACCAUUAAGAUGUCUUCAGGAGUGAUAUUAAGAGCACCUUCCGGUGUGAAAGCCAUAUGCUGUGAAUGCUAAGAUGCAGGCUGAGCUGUGUUUUAAACUGAACAGUGUCACCUCAGUUUUAGAACCCAAAUUUCUUUAGAUCUUGUCAAGUGAGAUUUCCUUAUUGUAAUACACCACUGCUCCUUCAAGCUCCCCACAUAUUGUACACUAAUCUUCUGAGUCAGGUCAGCAAACUUUUUCAGCAGGGGGCCAGUCCACUGUACCUUAGACCUUGUGGGGGGGACAAACUAUAUUUUUGGGGGAAUGAACGAAUUCCUAUGCCCCACAAAUAACAUAGAUGCAUUUUAAAUAAAAGCACACAUUCUGUUCAUGUAAAAACACCAGGCAGGCCCUGCAUUUUAAAUAAAAGGACACAUUUUACUCAUGUAAAAACAUGCUGAUUCCUGGACCAUCUGCGGGCCGGAUUGAGAAGGCGAUUGGGCCACAUCCGGCCCCCGGGCCUUAGUUUGCCUACCCAUGUUCCGAGUGGAUGCUUCUUUGAAUUUUACACAUCUGCUGUCACCCACUGUCGGGUGACAGGCAGCUAGUGAUCAAUAUCUCCUUCCCCAGACAUGUGGACCAUUGUCCCUCUACAGACUUGUACUUGUCCAACUGUUCAUGCUCAGAAUCAGUACAGCUGUGAAUAACACACCAGUGGGAGCCAGAGUAGAUGCUAUUAAGUUUCAACUGGCAGCUAAUGACACAAGGAGGGAACAGGAAACAACUCAAGACUCUCAGCACCUGCAUGCUGUGCUCUGUAAAGAAAUUGCUCAUGGCACAUUUUUCACGUUAGGGUGGCUCACUUGUUAUAUGCAAAAUAACUGCCCUCCCUUCCUUAUUUGCCUUAUCAAAAACAAUUAACAGAGCAAGUUCAUUCCACCUCCACCUGCAAGCACAACCUUUGUGGUUGUUAUUUAACUAACUGUCCAUGUCUAAAACAAGACUGAGUCAUGUAACUAGCAGUUAAGGGUGUAGGGGUGUAAGCUUGACCUGCAUUGAAACCUCAUACCUUUGAGGAUACCAAAAAGACCCAAGAGAUGUGCAAUAGGGACCUUUGGUUGAGUCCAUUACAGGGAAAACAAGCAGCAAUAAAGUGUUGAAAUAUU